AUGGGGAAAGAAGACUCCAUCGUGGUCCAUGCCACAAUCCAGAGGGAAUCCGUAGAGAAAACCGGGGCGGAGUCCAAUAAUCCAAAAGACCAGGAAAUCCAAACGAGAACACGACGACUUAAAAAGCAGAGGCUGAACGUCGCGGUCUGCCAAGCCUCGCUACUCUAUUCCUCGGCCCCAACCAACUCCUCCCUCUCUGAGUACACUCUGAACCUGGAGUUCUGCAUCGUGGCCUUCCCCAGCUUCGAAGCAUACAUGGGAAACGGGGUGAUGCACAUCGUGAGGGACUUCGUCUUCGUGGGCAUGAUGGCCAGCGCAGGCGGCUACAUCGUCGUGAUCCUGUACCGCCACAGGAAGCAAACAAGGGGCUUGCAGGGUGCCGCCCGCAUGCAAAGAAAGACAGUGGAAGCGUCCAAGGCUGUCCUCACCCUCAUCGCCAUGUACGUCAUCCUGUUUGGCCUGGACAAUGUCGUGUGGAUUUACACCCUCUGCGUGUCCCGUGUCCACCCCAUCGCCUCAGACACACGCGUCUUCUUUGCCUCCUGCUACUCCGCCCUGAGCCCCAUCUUCAUUAUCACCACCAACAAAAAGAUUGUGGCCAGUCUGAGCUGCUGCAAAGGGAAGGACCAGAAACAUCUCAUUGCGGAGUCCACCGUCUCACACUUGUCACCUGGUCAGUGAUGCCUGCAAACGCAGCUCAAACCCUCAAUGGGAACAUUUCUUUCUGGGUGACUUGUGAGAAAGGAGAUGUAGAGCCUGCUGAAAAUGCUGAAGUGAUUUU